AUGACACCCUCUCUGACCAAGAUUAUCAUCACGUCGUGCACGGGGACAAUCUCGUCAGUGUCUAUCAACGGCUUCAACGGCUUCAACGGCCCUGCCAUGGAUUUCGACAAACUAAUCGACCCAGUGACCUCCACUGGGACACUUACGUCCUUACUGCCAAUGAUCAAUUUUUACUCAAUUCUCAUAGGAUUUAUUGGUAUCUAUUCAGCAUGGCUUGCAAUCUACCGGCUGUAUCUUAGUCCCUCGGCAAAGUUCCCAGGCCCACGACUGGCGGCUCUCUGUUACUGGUAUGAAUUCUAUUACGACGUUUGGCCGCAUGAAGGACAGUACACUUGGAAGAUUCGUGAACUCCAUGAGAGGUACGGCCCCUUUGUCCGCAUCAACCCAUGUGAGGUUCAUUGCAACGAUCCAAAUUUCUUCAAUGUUCUAUACGUCAGCUCGGCAAAGAGGAAAACCGACAAGUGGAUAUGGGCUGUUCGCCAAUCUUGGACGCGCAUGUCAUCCUUUAAGACUCUCCCGCAUGAUCUGCACAAGAGGAGAAGGAACCAAGUAGCUCCUUUCUUCUCGAAAUCUUCGAUCAGAAGACUCGAGCCUCUCAUCAUCGGCAAGAUCAACAAGCUUUGCUCAAGGCUCGAAGAAAAGUCUCAGUUAGAUCCGACAUCAAAGGGAGUAGUAAACUUGACGCAUGCCUUCAUGGCGCUCACAGGCGAUGUCAUCACCAAAGUAUGUUUUGGACAGCCCAGCGGCUUUCUAGACCUCGAAGACUUGGGCAGAGACUGGUAUGAAGGCCGGGUUGUCGGGAGUCGUUCAAAUCACCUUCUCCGCCAAUUCCCGUGGCUCUUUUUGUUACCCUUGGGCCGGCUUUCAGGAAGAAAGUCAAGAGUGGCGGCAAGCCUGUUGUAUGCACAGGAGAAACAGAAAGAGCUUCAUCAGCGGGUGACAACUCUGGUAGAAGAGCAUUCUGCCCAAAUCACGGAUGAGAAGGUCCCCGACAGCCCAGAAGAUGAUAGUCUGCCUGCUAAUGUCUUCGCAUCGAUGCUUGAUGCCGACGUACCGCCCUUCGAGAAGUCUGUUUCCCGGCUGACGGAGGAGGCGUUCACAUUGAGUGGUGCUGGAACAAUGACAACGGCAAACGCCCUGAACGCUAUAGUCUACUACCUUCUCAGCCGACCAGAGUGCCUCGCAAGCCUCAGGGAGGAGUUGCGCAGGGCCUACCCGGACCCCUCCACAAUUCGUUCAACUGCGGAUCUUGAAAGGCUUCCUUAUCUAACGGCAGUGGUAAUGGAGGGAUUGAGGCUGAGCAAGGGGCCCCCUCAUCGUUUUGCCAGAGUUUCUCCGGAUGAGGACUAUUCGUAUCGACGCCCAGACGGUCACGUCGAGAUGAUCCCCCGCGGGAUCCCAGUCGGCAUGUCGUUCAUUGACAUUCUGGAAGAUCCAAAAAUCUUCCCCGAGCCCGACGCUUUCAGACCUGAGCGUUGGCUGCCAUCGGCACUCGGCUCGAUUCCCGAAGAGGCGGCAUUAGGUGAAGAUGAUGGUGGUGAGAUGACUGAGGAUUCAGCGAGUCGCCGUCGUAAAUGGGCGCUUUCUACCGUCUUUGGUGGAGGAUCACGAAUGUGUAUUGGGCUCCACCUCGCUUACUCCGAGAUGUACUUGACCACUGCUAUCCUCGUGUCGCGGUUUGGCCAUCGACUCGAGCUCUAUGAUGUUGACUUCGAGAGGGAUAUCAAAAUCACGAUAGACGGCUUUGAUGCUUAUCCUGGCCGAGGUCAUAAAGGCUUGCGAGUGAUGGUUCUGCCAGAAUAA